UGGAGCGAGUCUCCCCAGUUACUCCCCUAGGCUGUGAUCAGCUUAGUCUUUCCAACAGCCCAGAGCACGGCUGCUGAGGCCCCUUCAGUCUUGUCCCCAGGGGUUAGGGUGGUCUUGGGUGAUCCCUGCUGCUGCCUAUGCACUCUGGCUCCAAUCUCUCUCCCCCCCGCCCCCAGUACUUGGAGUUAUCCCUCCGCUUCCCUCAGCCUCCAGGGUCCAGCCCUCCUGCUCUGGACCCCCCCCCCGCCCCCCGCCUGCUCCUGUCCCGAGGGCACCCUCAGACUGCUGCAGGUCUGGCCUCCCAUGAGUCGUCCACAGUGGAUGCUCCAUGUGGAGGUAACCCUUCAACAGGUCUCCUUUCCCUGGAUCUCCGGAAAGCCCACCAGGACCAGCCUGGCAAGACUGUCCUGACCAGGGAGUCCUGUGCAGGUCCCGAGCACCCGCAUUCCGGGCGCGGCUGGAGCCCAACGGGUUCCUGCCUUAAGAUCGUGGCCGUAAAUGGCCGGGAGAGGUUUGUGCGCGUCCUGAACCAAUCGCUGGAGGAGACUGCAGACCUGGGCGGCCUGACGUUGCAGCAGCGAGUGCGCGACGUCCCUGUGUGCGUGUACCGCUUCCCGCCCGGCACGCUGCUGGCGCCGCGGCACCACGUCACGGUUUGGGGCGAGGGGCCGCGCAACCCCAAGCGGCAGCUGCCCUCGACCUUGGGCCAGGAGCUCGUGCACUUCCACUCCAGACGGGGAUGUGUCACUCUCCUCCUGAACCCCAAGGGCGAGGUCUUGAGCGAGCAUCAGGCCCCCCCCUGCGUGUCCCCCGUCUCGAGGAUCUUCGCGGACAACACCGAUUUGUCCAUAGACCGCUUCCCGCUCUCAGAGGCCAAACCUGCGGCUGACACCUGCGAGCAGAGGCCCGGGCCUCAACCCUCGCGCGCCGGCAGGGUGCGGGAGGCCCGGGCCAGACGUCGGAGGCCCGGGACGCGGGGCCUUUUCCCCCGGCUGAGCACCGGCAAGAUCUUCCGCUCGCGAGAGGUGCCAGCGCCGUCCGAGGCCGCCGAGACCCUCGCGCCAGAGCUCCUGCCCGCCAUCCCCGGUGAGCGCGCAGUGACGCGGAGGGCGGGCGGCCCGGCAGGGAGGGGGAGGCCGGCCCGGCCCCAUCCCGUAACUGUUCUCGCAGACGCUGGGCUGUGCCUCGAGGACUGCCGGGCUAGGACGGAGCACAGGGUCCGGGUGAGUGCGCGCGCCGUCCCGCGCCCCCUGGCCUCUUCACCUGUCCCGCCCUGCGCCCGCCGCGGAGCCCCUCCCCUCUCCCCGCCAGCCCCGCGCGUCUCUCAGGCUCCGCGCCCCCAGGUUUGCCGGAAGAGCGUGGACCGGAGCUGCCCGAUGGUGGCGCUGUCGGUGCAGAGCACGGCUGAGAGCAAAUACGGCUUCCGCUUCCUUCCCUGCCCGCCGGUCACCACGGACCGGAAAGCGCGGGUGUAGGGGUGGAGGGCAGCGCGGGGGUGGGCACCUGGGACCGAGGGGCCGCGCUGGGAGAGAGUCGUGGGAGGCAGGCCGUGCCGGCUGCAUAAUUGAUCGAACCAACGUCGCCUACGAAGUAAACCGCAUUUAUGUACACCUGAGAGUCGAAAAGGAUUCGUUUGGUUUUGGGGGAUCCUGCCCCAAGGGAAGGGAACUGGCUAACCCCAUCCCUGCGUGGGCGAAGAGCCACACUAAUUCACCGGGGAUGGGAGGCCUGGCUGCACCCUGGCAUCUGGACGGCCGGCCAGAGAGCUGAUGGGGCCCCACUCCAGCCACCUCGGCCUGGGCCCCGU